AUUAAUAAUUCCACAUUUGAUUUCAACGAAAAUCGUGGAUUUUGGAAAAGGGAAAUAUGGGAUUCUUAAGAACAGUUGCAGCAUCGUCAACAGCGACGGCCGUCACAGCAGCAGCAACAGCUCUCGCUCUCAAUUCCCUCUCCCCAUCUUCAUCCUCCUCUUACACUUACAAUUUCACCAAACCCUUUUUGAAUUCGUUCCCUUCAACCCCAAAUCGAUUCGACCUCAACAAGACUCACACCAAACCUCCUUCAGCUCUUCACAUGGACGCUAAACCCGCCCUAAUGUACGAUGCGGAAUUACCGGAAGUUAUGACAGAGUUCAUGGUGGAUAUGAGUUGCGAAGGUUGUGUUAAAGUGGUGAAGAACAAGUUACAAACAGUCAAUGGAGUUAAGAGCAUCGAUGUGGAUUUGAGCAAUCAAGUAGUCAGAAUUUUUGGGUCUUCACCGGUCAAGACCAUGGCUGAAGCCUUGGAGCAAACAGGUCGAAAAGCUCGACUAAUUGGUCAAGGCUCUCCAGGAGAUGUGUUGAUUUCGGCUGCCGUGGCCGAAUUCAAAGGCCCGAAAAUUUUCGGAGUAGUUCGUCUGGCUCAAAUCAGUAUGGAGUUGGCAAGAAUCGAAGCCAACUUCAGCGGUUUAUCACCCGGGAAAAAACACGCUUGGUCUAUCAACGAAUACGGUGAUCUAACAAAAGGUGUUGCAAGCACCGGGAAAACAUUCAAUAAGGCUGUUGGUGACCUGGGAACACUGGAGGUUGAUGAGAGAGGUGAAGCUUUUUUCUCGGGUGUCAAAAAGGACCUUACAGUUGCUGACCUCAUCGGUAGAGCAAUAGCAGUGUAUGAAAGUGAAGAUAGAUCGGAUAAUGGAAUUGCAGCUGCUGUUAUUGCAAGAAGUGCGGGUGUUGGUGAGAAUUAUAAGAAGCUUUGUACGUGUGAUGGGACUACAAUCUGGGAAGCAACAAAUGCUGAUUAUGUUUCAAGUAAAGUUUAACAUCAUCAAUAUUCAAUACAAUACAAAACUUGCAAGGUCUGGGAUUUUGAGUAUUGAUGUAUCUUGAUGUUAGAAAUUCAAGUCUUGUUGUCUUUAUAUAAUAAAAGGCGUACAAUUGGCCUA